CUGCAAUCACCAGGUGGCAGGAAGUGGAGUGACCUGGCCCCAACCCACUCUGCUGGCUCGUGCUGGGGGGCGGUUCCCCCUUCCCCCCGCGGAGGCCUGGGGCCAGUCACUCCCCUCCCCCGCAGGGGGACUGCGUAGGGCACCACAAUGUCUAGGGAUGGCCCUGGUGCCAAGUCUGAAUGAUGGGGGUAGGCUAUGUGAAUGGGUGGUCUGGGGCAUGACUUGGUGUGCACAGUGUGCCCCUGCCUGUCUGUGAGUUCUGAUGGGGGGAGGCUGUGGGUGUGACCGGCCUGGGGCACAGCUCAGUGUGCAGGGUGUGGCAGUGCCUGUCUGUGAGUGAGGGGGGGAGGCUGUGUGACUGGCCUGGGGCACAGCUCAGUGUGGCAGUGACUGUGAGUGAUGGGGGAGGCUGUGAGUGUGAUUGGCCUGGGGCACAGCUCAGUGUGGCAGUGACUGUGAGUGAUGGGGGAGGCUGUGGGUCUGACUGGCCUGGGGCACAGCUCAGUGUGGCAGUGACUGUGAGUGAUGGGGGAGGCUGUGGGUGUGACUGGCCUGGGGCACAGCUCAGUGUGCAGGGUGUGGCAGUGCCUGUCUGUGAGUGAGGGGAGGAGGCUGUGAGUGUGACUGGCCUGGGGCACAGCUCAGUGUGGCAGUGACUGUGAGUGAUGGGGGGAGGCUGUGGGUGUGACUGGCUACCGCCUGGGGCACAGCUCGGUGGGGCACUGCCUGUCUGUGAGUGACGGGGGCGGGAGGAGUGGGUGUGACUGGGCCGGCUCGGCGCGCAAGUGUGGCAGUGCCCCUGUGCCAGCGCCGGGGGCUGGGCGGAGUGCGUGGCCCUGCCGGAGCCGUGUGCCGCGGCAGGGUGCACGGCCCUACCCUGCGUGUGCAGAGCGCGGCGGCGGUGCCUGUGUGAGUGAGUGACCGCCCGGCUGUGUCAGGUGACUCGGGUCACGCAGUCUCUCUCGCUCGCUCCUCUGGGAGGACGCGGGGCUCUGGCUGGCUGCUCCGGUCGCAGCACCGCCCGGGCCGAGACUUGCGGGGAAGGGAUCGAAUCGGAACCUCCAGCGGCGGGGGGCGGCCGCGAUGAGCCAGGUGCCGAGGAAGCCGCAGGAGGAGGAGGAGGAGGAGGAGGAAGAUGAGCUUGUUGGGCUCGCGGACUACGGGAAUGGGGCCGAGUCCUUCUCGGAUGGAGACCCGGAGACCGGCGCCGACGAAGCGUUUCUGGAUUUCAGUGACCCCUUCAGUACUGAAGUUAAGCCAAGAAUCCUACUCAUGGGACUGAGAAGAAGUGGGAAGUCUUCCAUUCAGAAAGUUGUCUUUCACAAAAUGUCUCCAAAUGAAACCCUUUUCUUGGAGAGCACUAACAAGAUCUGCAGAGAAGAUGUUUCCAACAGCUCCUUUGUUAACUUUCAGAUAUGGGACUUUCCUGGGCAAAUUGACUUCUUUGACCCUACAUUUGACUAUGAGAUGAUUUUCAGAGGCACUGGAGCACUGAUAUUUGUCAUAGAUUCUCAGGAUGAUUAUAUGGAGGCCUUGGCUAGGUUGCAUCUCACUGUGACCAGAGCUUAUAAAGUGAAUCCAGACAUCAACUUUGAAAUCUUUAUUCAUAAAGUGGAUGGUUUGUCUGAUGAUCACAAGAUUGAAACCCAAAGAGACAUUCACCAGAGGGCAAAUGAUGACCUUGCAGAUGCUGGAUUGGAGAAAAUUCACCUCAGCUUUUAUCUGACAAGCAUAUAUGAUCAUUCUAUAUUUGAAGCCUUUAGCAAAGUGGUACAGAAACUGAUUCCACAGCUCCCAACCCUGGAAAACCUCCUUAACAUCUUUAUCUCAAAUUCUGGGAUUGAGAAAGCAUUUCUGUUUGAUGUAGUCAGUAAAAUUUAUAUUGCAACGGACAGUACUCCAGUGGAUAUGCAAACUUAUGAGCUCUGCUGUGAUAUGAUAGAUGUUGUUAUCGAUAUUUCUUGUAUCUAUGGGCUCAAAGAAGAUGGCGCAGGAACACCUUAUGACAAAGAGUCAACAGCAAUCAUAAAACUGAACAAUACAACUGUCCUUUAUCUAAAGGAGGUGACAAAAUUCCUUGCUCUUGUUUGCUUUGUAAGAGAAGAAAGCUUUGAGAGAAAAGGACUAAUAGACUAUAACUUCCAUUGUUUUCGCAAGGCCAUACAUGAAGUAUUUGAAGUGAGAAUGAAAGUAGUGAGAUCUAGAAAACAUCAGAGCCAGAUGCAAAAAAAUAAAAGAACCACCCCUAAUGGCACACCUAGAGCACCACUGUAGCUGAAGUUCUAAUGGCAUUGUUGACAGCAAGGCUCUUGUUGCACUGACUGAAGGGGAAGAGAAAUGGGACUGAUGUAUUACAUGGAUUUUCCUCCCAAUGCCUCAAAAAAACACUGUUUAAACAUUUUUAUCCAGUCAGUUUUUUCAUAUACAGUGAGUACUUUGAGCAAAAUAUUGUAUAUAAACAUUGAGAUGAAUAUAUGUUCUUGUAAGGAUUCGCUGAAUAUAUGCUGUAAACUUUUUUUCCAGACCAUAUUAAGAAAAAUCAGCUGUGACAGAAAUGUUGGGUACAUAAUUUGCACUUUUUUCGUGUUCUCCUCAUGGAGUUAAACUUUGAUAAACUUAGUUUUUUAUGCUGAUUUUCAUGCAUGGUGUCAGGUAAAACGUAUAGUGUAGUUUAUAUACGUGCUACAAUCAAAUUGUUUACUAAACAAUCAAGAAAACUUGAUACAAUUACUUUUUUAAAAUUUAUGACAGAAUACAUAACAUUCAUACAAAUCUAACUUCAUAUAUUUUUUUCAAUUUGUAAGUUGAAGAAUUCUUAUUUUGAAGUAUGAUAGCAAUAAGAGCUUUACCAACUGGUAGAUAAAAAUUAGCUUUUGUAAAACAGGCCUUUGGCUAAACUCUACCCAAACUUCUCCAUAACACUGGUAAUGCCCUCUCAGUUGGGCUUUUUAUUAUAAUUUACCUCAACAUAUAGCUCUAAAAUAACUUUCUAUAAAGAUAUUAUUUUGUAAUACUGCUUUAUGUUGCAUUGGUGUUUUUAUAACAUUUCAGGAACAGGGUAUGUAACUGAAGGAUUUAUUUAUAUGCUUAGUUUGAGAGUCUGAGCCUCUACAAUUGGAGGAAGAAAAAGUUUUUAUUUCAUUUCUGCCAUACCACUAUAAUAUUAAGUUUCAGGUAUAUUAAAGCAUUAGAGAAAAAUCCUAAUAAAAGUUGCUCAUGUUGGGGCCCAGUUCUGCUUGCUUUACUUGGGUCAAAUCUCCCUUUGAUUUCAGAGGGAGUUCUUAAGUAAGGACUGAAGAAUUGAUCUCUUUUACUCUAAUCUACAUAGAUGUAGCUACUUUCUGUUUUAACACUGAUCACAAUGGCAUAUCUGUCCUUGCAGCAAUUAUGGCACUGCCCACCCCAAAAAGGAGGGCACGGGGAAGUAAAACUUGCCUUCUCAAUUCUGUAUUAAUUUUAUAGUUGUAGCUUAAAGAAUAGCUCUUACAAAUGAAAGAGCACACAGGGAAGAGCAGCUCCUGUACCCAUGCCUCCUAUAUAGGGCUUAUGUGCACAUGGCUCUAGAACAGCUGCAAGAGUUCAUUGAAUAACCUGGUAGCCAGAAAAGAUAACGGAGGAGCACUUUUGAAAGUUUCCUUUGUUAAAAAGCACACGUUCAGUUAAAACAAAUUGUAAUGCUGCACCUUUAAUUGUGCAUUAGAACCACCAGUAUUUUCUGGCUUAUGACAGAAAUGGAGAGUUUUUACCAACAGCAAACAUAGUCAUUGAGAGACUUGCUGAAUACAUACACUGUACUCUUUUAUAAGACCAUCUUGAAAUGUCUUACGCAAUUCUUUAGCUUCUGUUACUGUGCCCAACAUCAAGGUAGUAGAGUGCCAGCUGAGAUGGAAGAUAAGAAUGCAAUAUGUCUAAGUGAAUAUUAGUCUAAGGAGAAAACUAUUGGCUUUUAACCCUUCAUUACUGCCUAAUGUACAUGAUUUUUCUGCUUAUCCUUUAGCCUUAAAUGGUUCCUUUGGUCUGAGUUUAUUGGACAGAAAUGGAGUUUUUUAAAAUAUGAAUUUAAUCAACAAAUGGAUCUUUUCUAGUGUAUCUGAUAAAUAUUGUGAAAAAUAUGCCAAAUGUAUGGUUCUGAGAGCUAUCUGAGUGCUUGGGAGAGACAUCAUGCCAGUGUGAGGAAUAGGGGCAGCAGUGGUACACUGUGGUAUAUUGGUAAAAAAAAAAAAAGAAAAGAAAUGGGAAGGUCCUAUACUAAACUUCAUAUUCCCCAAAUGAGAAGUGGGUAAACUCUUUACCUGGGACUACAUUAUUGGCACUGGUUCAAGAGGGAAGAGUGCUCCAAAAAUACCAGGGAGAGUGAGCACCUCCCAAUUUUACCCCUCUGACACUAGCUGUGUUGGAGACAGCUUCCCCCAGCCUAACGAGUAGUAUCUUCUUUGGGAGUUAAUAGUCAUGUCAGUGAGUGCUCCCCUGUAUUCUCCCCUCCAUAGCACUUCCCCAGAAGUGGAUUUGGGCCACAGUGUGUCCAUAUUUGUCUCCCUCUUUUGUUGCAGUGGUGUGUCAUGAGUAUCGGUCUUCACCACUUCACUUCUCUUAGAUGUAUCUGAUUAUGUGGGGCAAGGAACAUCUUCAGUGCUGCCCAUGUAUUGGACCAGACACUUCAAAGAAUGCUACUGUUUUUUUCCUGCCGUAGAGAUGCUGCUGUGGGAAUCAGGAGAGGUUAAUUAAGAUGUCUGGUUUCUUUAUGUAAGCAUCCACAUUUUUCCACUAAACAUGCAAACACAGUAACAUAUUUGGGUCAACUUAGUUAAGCCUUACAUUUUACAUUAUGUUGUGUAUUAUACUGUCACCAGAAUGACUCUUGCAGCUAUCAUACAAAACUUCCAACUGGAUAAAAUCAGGGUAAAAAUCAAAUAAUCUUACCUAUGUUACAAAUAAUAUGUUGGAUUAUUAAAGCUGAAAGAACUGAAAGAAUGUUAAAAUAAAACUACUUUUGUUGUUCA